AAUGAAUUGCUUAUAAGUGACUGCAAAUAGUUGCAAAGAUGUCGCACUUUAGUAGCACCCGCGUUAGCUCCUUCAACGAAUGUUUCCUCAACGAGAACGAGCAGGAUCCCAAUGCCGUGCUCAUGGAGCUCGACAAGGGCCUCCGGAGCGCUAAGCAGGGAAUCCAAUGCGAGUCCAUUGUGCGGUUCCCGCGUCUCUUCGAGAAGUAUCCAUUUCCCAUUCUGAUCAACUCGUCGUUCAUCAAGCUGGCGGAGUUCUUUGUGAGUGGCUCGAAUCUAUUGCGAUUCUGGGUACUCCGUGUCUGCCAGCAGAGCGAAAACCACCUGGACAAGAUCCUCAACAUCGACAACUUUGUACGCCGCAUCUUUAUGGUGAUGCACUCGAACGAUCCUGUGGCACGCGCUCUGCUCUUGCGCACCCUGGGCGCCGUCUCCCGCGUGAUCCCCGAGAAGCAACAAGUUCACCAUGCUAUACGCCGUGCCCUUGACAGCCACGACACCGUGGAGGUGGAGGCUGCCAUCUAUGCCAGCAGCUGCUUUGCCGCCCAGUCCAGCUCCUUCGCCAUCAGCAUGUGCGCCAAGAUAUCGGACAUGAUCGAGUCACUGCAGGUGCCAGUGCCCAUGAAGCUGUUGCUCAUCCCAGUGCUGCGGCACAUGCAUCACGAUGCCAAUACCGCCGCACUGGUCAACAAACUCUGUAUGGAUCUGCUGCCCAAGUAUCCCGCGCAGAGUUUUGUGGUGGCCAUUAUCGAUACCCUCACACAACUAUCCUCCCGCACCUUGGUGGGCGUGCCCGGGCAGCUCGAGGUGCUGCUGGACUUUAUGCAAGAUUUGCGGACGCCGGUUCGCAUCCAGGUGCUGCGCUCCUUCAACGAACUAGCCGGCAAGAAGAGUGUCCACGCUUGGCCCAAGCCUGCCCUUGAGGCUCUGAUUAGUAAGUUUGAGACAUGCAUCAAUUCGCACGAGCAGUUUCUCUUCCUUUCGAUUCUCGUCAAGUUGAGCGAGUGUCCGCUCACGUGCCAACAGCUGCUGCGGGAGCAUCGGGUCGCCCUGCUCCGACUCUGCAUCCAGAGCAUGAGCAAGCUGGACGACUAUACGACGGCCACUCAGGCUAUGGCGGUUCUCUCAGUUCUGGCGGCGUUCGGCACUGAGCAGGAGAGCCAAGUGGAUGAUAUCCUGCAUACUGUAAGUCUUCACAUCGAAGGCCUGCUCCUGUGCACGGCCAGGAGAGCCGACUGUCUACGUCACUUGCAACGUGUGCUGGCAUAUGGCAUAAGGAUUAGCCAGGCGAAUGCCGAAUUUGGAGCGACAUUCAUUGAGAUAGUCAGCAAUACCCUGGGGGACAAUGUCGUCUAUCCCCAAGCCAAUGCGGAGCUCAUAUGCGAGGCUCUGGUGCGUCUCUGCGAGCAUUUCCAGCUCCGUAAAUAUGCAUUUACAACAUCCGAGGGACUGGAGGAAGGUGACGACAAUGCCAUGGACACCGACGAACCGUCGCCAACAAAGGUUAAUCCCAUGCUAGCCAGAAUGCCGAUUAUUUUGUACAAACUGAACAAGCUGAUCGACUCGGAGGAUGCUGAGAAACACUUGCGCACGAUUGAAAUCCUCAGUGUCCUGGUAUUUCAGACCACAAUGGGGUGCUAUCUGCCCCUGAAGGUGGUGCAAUGCUUCGAGAAGUGCCUGGAUAAGCUCAAUUGUUGGACAUUGUACAAGAUUGCACGAAGCGCCAGUCGUUAUGGGCAUCACUAUGUGGCCGCGCACAUUUACACAAGCAUUUCAGAGAUCGUGAUAAACGACCAAAUGCACUACUUCCUCGUCACGCUCUCGCAGAUCUCGCAGGCAGAGUGUAUCCUAAAUUAUGGCCUGGACUACGCCCACAUGAGGGACAACUAUGCUCCGACGGCGGCGCCAGAGCCGUUGAUACCGCUGAUGAAACGGCUGGAGGCAGCCUGCAACCUCUACCAGAUGGCGCGAGUCAGUCUGCGAGCCUGCUCCUCGAUCCAGUAUGCGAUCUCCUUUCCGCAGGAGUACCUCAAGAUCCGAGCACAGUUCCUGCAGACCCUGCACUUGGCCGUGACCGUAAAGAAUGCCCAGGUCAUUGUACCACCGCCGGCAAUUGCUGGCAGCUUGGCCCAGAACUCGAGGGACUAUUUGCAAAAGUUUGGACACGUCACAAAUCAGCUGCGAAAGUUGGUAAAGUCCUUGAAGGCCUGCGAGGAGACGCAUGCCCGUCUCUAUAAGUCGUCUUUUGAUGCGGACAACGUGACGCUGGAGUUCUUGGAAGUGGCAGAGUUUCAGUGUGGACUCCUUGCCCACAUCAUCGAGUCAAUUUGUUACGCCACGCCACCAGAGCCACCAGUCUUCCUGACCACCGGCGAGCACCCGGAGACCCGAUUUUUUGCCGCCAGCUGCAGGCGCAUGGAGCUGAUGCAUAAGAACCUCCCCGAGGAGUUGCCCAACGCCAAGACCAUCAGCAACCGCCAUCUGGACGUGAUUGUUGCUCAAAUCGAGAUAAUUACCAAAACACCGCUCUGCCUGCCGCGCUAUUUCUUCCAGAUUCUCCAGUCUACGCAGAUAAAACUGUCGGUUAGCCCACAGCCACGUAGUGCCACCGAACCCGUCAACGUUCAGUCGGGCAGUAAUCUGGUGAUUAAGGUCGAGGGAGUCCUGCAACAGGCUGGCUCAAAACAGGUCAAGCACUUCCGGCGUGUGGAGUCCGUGCAGUUGAGCCUUACGUCCCAGCUGGUAACGCCGCCACCACGUUCCGGUAGCGAGCUGCAGAAGACCGGCACAAGUGAUACCGUCACCCUGAACCAGAUCGUCAAGCCGCAACGCGACUUUCUCUCCGGCAGCUUUCUGCUGCCCAUAUCGAGCGGUGGUCACUUCCAGGUGACGCUGGAAACGUUCGUUGUCGAUGAGCACGGCACUAUUUGGUGCACUGGCCCCAAAUCUUCCAUGAUGGUACGUGUCCUGGAGGAUCCCUCAAAACCUACAGCACCAACGCCUAGCACUUCUCAGGCAGUAGGUCAGGCGAGAAGGUUUUAGAUGUACAGUUUUACAAUUUGGUUAAAAUGUUUGUUAUAAUUAAAAGCUUAAUGCUUUAAGUGCUCUAUCAGAUUGAAAAUAA